UGAAGCUGUAAAGGACAUUACUUAUUUUCAAGCAGCAAAGUGCAAAUUAUUUUUACCUAUUGAUGCAGACUUCACAAAACAACACCUUUCUCCUUAGCUGCUCAGAAAGGAAGAAAACACUGCACACUGAGACCUCAUUUUCUGCAUGUAAAGUGUGUGUAUGUGUGCUCUUUGAAAGGCAGUGGUUGGCUGGUUUUCCGGACAUGAUGUGGUUGAAGCUGUCAUCGUAAUGGAAAUUCAUUGCUGUAGCUAUGGUAAAUCGAGUUUUCUGCCUGUGCUGAAUGCAUUAGUCUAAUGAGAUGUUUGCAGCUGGCAAGCGGAGUCGCUGGAGAUGUAUGGUGUGCUAACGGACAGGGGAGAAGAUGGCUCAUAGAAUGGUCUGUGUGCACGUGCUCCAAGUCUUCUACUCUUUGGGCCAAAAUAGCUGGUGUCUGUAAAAAAAGCUGAUCUCUCAUUCAACAUACGCAAUAGACACUGUGCUUAUGAAUCAUUUGCCAUCACUGCCACCAAGACUGGAUACUGUUGACAUGCAGUCUCCCAGAAUACCAGGAAGAAAAAGAGGAAGACCCCCGCUCCAUUCUGCUCCUAUGAAAAUGACUGUUCAUAAUCUUUAUUCGGCACCAACUGGUCCCUUGCCAGUCGUGAAGAUACCUAAGAAGCGAGGAAGAAAACCUGGCUAUAAGCUGAAAUCUCGUGUUCUAAUGACUCCUUUAGCAAUCUCCCCACCAAGAAGCACACCAGAACCAGAUAUCAGUUCAAUCCCACAGGAUGCAGCCACAAUCCCCAGUUCAGCAGCCCCACAAGCCCUCACAGUUUGCAUUUAUGUUGACAAGCAAGCCAAUGUGGGGCCAUAUCUUGACAGAAAAAAAGUACAGCAACUUCCAGACCACUUUGGGCCUGAAAGGCCUUCUACGGUGCUCCAGCAGGCUGUACAAGCAUGCAUUGACUGCGCACACCAGCAAAAGACAGUGUUCUCACUCAUCAAGCAAGGCUAUGGAGGCGAAAUGGUGUCAGUUUCGGCUUCAUUUGAUGGAAAACAACACCUCCUGAGCCUGCCAGUAGUGAACAGCAUUGGUUAUGUUUUGCGUUUCCUCAAAAAGCUUUGUCGCGGUUUAUUGUGUGAUAGUCUUUUCAGCAAUCAGCCUUUUCCACAAUACAACACUUCAGAAAACCCAGAAGAUUAUGAAAAUGGACAAAUGGAAUCAGAAACAGUCAUACCUGGAGAUUACCUGGUUGAUCCAGUGACCGCAAAGCACUACAAUAUAGAUCCCACUGAUUCUGCAUUCAAUUGUAUGGGCACCAUGUACUCCAAGAGGCAGAACUCUGGAGAUGGACGUCAUGGAGGUGGUUCCGCAACAUCUUGUAUUCAUCGUUCUGGUCAGAUUGCUUCUGGAGGACCAUCAACUAUUGGUUUGAGGCAUCAAUCAUCAAGCCCAACCCAAAAUGGAACCUACCUGGAAGGAAACAGAAGUGCCUCAAGUCCUUCACCAGAAAGACAAGAUGCAGUUCGGCCCUUGAGCAAAAACCCUUUAACGUGGACCAUUGAUGAUGUGGUAUGGUUUGUGAAGGAUGCUGACCCUCAUGCUCUAGGACCUCAUGUGGAGCUUUUCAGAAAACAUGAGAUUGAUGGCAAUGCUUUGUUGCUACUGAAGAGUGACAUGAUCAUGAAAUACCUGGGCCUGAAGUUGGGACCAGCGCUGAAACUCUGCUAUCACAUUGAUAAACUGAAGCAAGCCAAGUUCUGACACUUUCUAAAAACACCAGACAGUCCUGAUGUAAUGUGAGAAAGUAGAUGAAAGGUAACAUGCUGCCUUACAGAAAUAGAUCCAUUUUCAAACUGUUUUCUCCUUGUUUUGUACUGAGAACUUUGUCUUUAUAAAAGGUUACAUUUUCACCUUUUUUAUCUGGGGGUGGGGGAAGUCUGUUUAACAGGUUUGUGUUGAAUAAUAUUCCAAAAAGUAUAUAAUGAUAAGUAUUUUCUAUUAUUCAUAUUAUUACUGUUGUUAUUAUUAAUAUUAUUAUUGUUGAGUCCUAUUUUUGUAAUCAGUCACAAGCAGAAAUUUUCUAGAUGGGAGGAUUUAUUGGGAGGUUUUGGGAAACUUCAGCUUUGCACAAGCAUGCUCAUUACAGCAUCUAGAGCUGAUUUUCCAGCUUGAAUGAGCCAUCACAGAUAGAACUUUCUUACUGUGCCAAAUGCAGUUUUAUUCCAUGUACAAAUAACAGUAGGUCAUCUAAUGCUGAGUGAUCAAAUAACCAUAUUUGAACUAGACUAUAGACUACUUCUGUGGCACAAUCAUUGAUAUUUUCAUAUGACAGAAAGUAUUUUAUCCUAGCAGCCUGGGAACAAGGGAGGGGUAAGAAAUCAUAAAAUCUAUCUUGGUGUUGCGAAGAUAUGAAUGCCUGAAACAUUGCUGUCCUUUAUAUGAUAUCCUGCUAAUCAAAUAAUUAUGAGCCUCAUGGUUUAAAUCAUAACUGGUUAACAAUUACAUGCACCAUCUGUGAACACUCUAAAAGAGAUUGCUAAAUUAGCUGUUUUGGGGGGAGGUGUUAUGAGUUCUCACACUACUGCUUGGGAACUAUAAUGCAAGUGUGAUGAAGACAAUAUGCUGUCCAGGCAGUCAUUUGAUUUUGUACCGUUGAAGGCUUUUGUGGCCAGAAUCAAUGGACUGUCUUGGGUUUUCCAGGCUGUGUGGCCAGGGCCUGAUAGUUUUUGCCCUAAUGUUUUACCCGCAUCUAUGGCUGAUCGGUGCUUUAACAUCUUCCAUAUUUACCAGCAUGAAUCCCCUAGUGGCAGAGGAGGGAAAGGCAGCAGAAGUUCAGAUAUUGUAUUGUCUAGUAAAUUACAUUCCCAUUUAGCAAAGAGCUAUAGUCAGUUUCAACAGUCAGAACAAUUUCAUCAAGUC